GUAAGCCAAACUUUCUUUUAUAAUCAUUCUUUUUGUGCUUAUCCUCUUCAAGCGCAUGCCGAGCUGGAGUCCAUCACAGCUCCCUUUGGACUUGAUCAGCUGUCAAUUACAGGGCACAGGCAGAAGUACCUUGAACCUGUGGACAACAGCACACAAGCCACACUCAAAUCCACUGGAGCACAGUCACUGUGAGCCAUGAUAGAGCUUUUGAAAAUGCGGCCCCUGUGUGUUCUGCAGCUGUCAAUCAUGCUGCUCCGCCAUCUGCUCUACCUGCUGCCAGGUGAGGUCGCCGGUGACGAGGUCUUCAGUGGGCCGGCAGUGCUCAAUGUCAGCAGCUGUCCCGUCUCGUAUUAUGGAGGGACGUUUUCCCAAAUUUACGUGAACUACACGGGGGGCAUUGUGGUGCUUUGCUUUGAUGGUUACUACGAUCCAAGUAAGUCUGGCGACUGUGUUCUGGCGACCACGUAUGUCAAUGACGUCAUCAGGGUGCAGUCAGAUGCAGGAGGAAGUAGUGACAGUGACAUCCGCGCUAAUUUGCCCAUCAGCAACGCAGCCAAGUGUGUGGUCUUCCUCUUCGUGGACGAUUCGUUCACUUAUAGAUUCCACAACUAUGGGACACAGGGGGCCUUCUCCAUCUUUUCAUACACCAGAGAAUUCCCGGGGAAGCUCGACCUGCGCUUAUUGGCUCACGGAAGCACCCAGACAUCCGAAGAAAUCGCGUAUUCACUGCUGAGGACCACUCAUUAUUUUGACGUCAGUGGAUGCAGACAUGCAGGUGUGAUUUAUAAACCUGGAGCAUUGGCCAUCAAUUCUCUGAUGUGCUUCUACCUGAGCUGCAACGCCACCUCAGGCCUCACUGUGAAUGAGUGCAGCCCCUUGGAGAUCUGCCGAAAUCGAGAAUGCUUUCUGAGGUUGCAGUGCACUGUGGCCGGUCCUUCCAUCAUUGACUUUUAUGGCAAUGUCAACGCCAUCCCCGACCGCUGUGGGUACACGCUACUUAGUCUGGAUGCUACUCCGGGUGAGUCUCUCGUGGCGGAGUUCCGGGAGCACCGUCGGAAAGACGUCAGCAUGUUGGACAGCUUGUUGCUGAUCCAGCGGGAGGCAAACAACACCAUCAUCAUGGAGCAAGAUGGCAACAUUCAGGAUGACAACUCAACACUGACCGACAGCAUUCUCUUCAAAUCACUCAUAGGAAUCAUUGGCAACUUUUUCUGGUCCCACUAUGAGGUUUUUUUCUUAUUUGACGGACACCGCACACAGAUCUUCUUGGAAGGACCGCCCGGAGGUGUCCCGCCUCUGCAGGGUUUGUGCGGCAACAGCAGUGACUUUCAAGCUUCCAAGGUCAUUACUUCCAGUCCCAGCGGCUGUGAGAGCCUACACAGCGACACAGAAGACAGCACAAUCGACUGUAACGCUAUGACCAAGCGCUGUAAUCUCAUGAAGGAAGCGGCCUUCGAAUUCUGUCACAACCACAUAGAUCCUGAGCCGUACAUCCAGGCCUGUACUGACACUUUGUGCAGAUAUCCUGCAUUGGACGGCUUUGACUGUCAUUUCCUGGUUAGCUACGGCACAGCGUGCGAGUCACGUGUAUCUAGGCCUGACGACUGGCGGUCGGCAGUCAAUUGCUCUUUAUCAAACGCCUUCUGUCAGGACAGGGACUGUAAAGAUCACGAGUUCUGUGGGUUUGCAGUACAAGGACAGCCUGGCUGCUACUGUCGAGCUUUUUUCGCUGAGCCGUACAGGACGACGCAUACUUAUGGCCAGCUGGCGUGCAAUGACAACACUGCUUCACUCACUCUGGUCGGUUGUCUGCUGGAGGACAAUGGAAUCAACUACACCAACUUGCACCUCAAUGACGACACGUGCAGAGGUCAUCUGGACAACGACACCCACAUAGUGCACUUCCUCUUCAAUAGCAGCAACACUUGCGGCACCAACAUCACGACCGACUACAGCCAAGUCAUCUUCCAGAAUGCCGUCCAGCAGUCCAGCGCUUCAGAGACCGUCCACAUUGACUUCUCCUGCGUCUUCACACAGCCGGCUGAUCAACUGACCUUGUCUUUUGGAAUCCAAGACAAGUCUGUGGGCCAAACCAUCAAAUCGGGAAGUCUGGAGUACAACUUGACCAUGAGGGCCUAUGAGGAUGCUGACCACAGGAGACUUUUGGACUGGAACUCAGAAAUCCAGCUCAACCAGAAGGUUUGGAUGAAGCUGACAGCCGAGGUCCUGGAUGGGAAGUUACUUGCCAUAGUGAUUGACUCCUGCUGGGCCACCAAGGAAGCCACAGGCGAUGGGAGUCCGAGAUACAACCUUCUCAAGAGCGGAUGUGCGAUUCGGGAUGACUCAAAAGUGACGGUGACUGCCAAUGGAGUGGGAGGAUCUAGCCACUUCUCCUUCAACAUGUUUCGCUUUUCUCACAACGCCGGCCCCAUCUACCUGCACUGCAGAGUCGUGCUGUGUCCCAAAGAGACCCACCAAUGUGUCCCGAACUGUGAGAGAGGUUUUGGAAGACGCCGGCGUGCCAGGUCUAUGCAUGACGAUAGUGACACAACCCACAUCAGCAUGAUGUGGACCACCUAGGGAUGAUGUGUGCGGCCGCAUGGCGCAAUCUGGCGGCCUCAACAAGUUUCAAAAUGUCGCUUGUCUACUCCGGUCGUUUCCGUGGUGAUGUUGUGGGUUUUUUGUACU